AACAGAAAACAGAAAACAGAAAACCGCUCACAAUGUUUCCCGCCAUGGCGGAUCCCAGGAGCGGGAAUGUCUUCGCAACAUGGCAUCUCUUCACCCGCUCCGAGAAGAAGAAUAUGAUGAUCUAUAUGGGAGGAAUUAUGAUUUAUAAAUUCGGCCUCGAAGUCUUUAUCGGCUCCUUCAUCUCGCUCGCAUCGAAUCGCUACGACUACGCCGCCCGCAUCGGCGGAUAUACGCCUGUCACCUUCGGCCGCAUUGGCCUGCUCCAAGGCCUCAACCAGGCCUUCCAGUGCUUCGGCGCCAUCCUCGUCGCACCCCUAGUAAAGCGUUGGGAGACACGCAUUGUCCUCUCCGUCGCCAUCCUCGUCUUCGCGGUCUUCACCACCGUCAUCCUUAUCGUCGACGCUGCAACAGGUGGAACCUUCAAGCCCGCAGGCGCUUCGAACGACGACUUCUCCUAUUAUGGAGACUUCAACACCGACGGCAUGAUUCCCGUCUACUGUAUAACCGGUGUCGUCUACGGCAUGGUCGAGCUCAUCCGCCGCGUCAUCCCACGAGACAUUGUGCGCUCCGACGUGCAAAAGCUCAGACGCCUCGACGCCACCGUGCACAUCUUUUACGAAGUCACCGGCACCGCCGGCGCCUUCACCACCGCCCUCGUGCUCAUCCCCCACCUCGGUAACAACAUGGCCAUCAUCGUCUCCCCGUUCUGCUUCGCCGGUGCCGCGGUCGUCUGGUCCUUCAUCUCGACCGCCGAGCACCCCACUACGGCCCCCAAACUCCGUACCGUCAACAGCCCCUCCUAUCUCUCCCUCCUCUACCAAUCCACGCAACUCUUCUUCGUCUCCAUCAGCACGGGAGCCCGCAUCCUCUUCACGAGCCGCAAAUUCAUCUGGCUCCUCCCCUCCUACUCCCUCGCCCUCUACGCCCACCGCUACCUCGAGAACAACAUCGCCCCGCUGCUCGCGCAGCGCUAUCUCCACAACUCCGCCUGGGCACAGCUCAUCGUCGGCGGAUCGAACUUCGGCGAACUCCUCGGCGCGCUGUUCGUCUUCUUAUUCACUAAUCUCGUUACCACGCCCAUGCCCUGGUUGCGCCUGGACGCCUGCGGGCUGCUGAUCGUGUGGUACCUCGCCUUCUGGCAUCCGACGCCCGGGCAGGUGGGUCAGGCGUGGAUGGUCGCGGCGACGUUCAUCCCGGUAUCGUUUGGAUGGGCUGCGGGGGAUAUUUCCUUAUCCGCCUACCUACAAGCAAUGCUACACCGACAGGAGCACGAGCGCAAAGACGUCAGUGCGCUGGUGACGGUGAUGGCGUUCCUCUACUCGACAUACAUCGUCACCUACUCCAUCUGCUCGCCAUUACUGGGAACAUACAUCGACAAAGUCUCAGCAGCGAAUGGCGGGGACGUACACGAAGCCAUCAAGUACGUCGGAGGUGUGCAGUUUACCAUCAUCUCGUGCACCGUGCUCGCUGCCACAUUUAUUCCUAGGGGCUCCUUCGCCCUUAACCCUGAUAUGCUUGAGGGCGAGGACCUGGAGGCGUAUCGGGCGCGGGAUAUGGAGGAGAGGCCGCCGCCGGUGAAGCAGGAGAAGGUGGUCAAGACGAAGGAGGAGAAGAGGGAGCAGACGGAGAGUAUGAAGGGGUUGAAGGUGGGGCACGACGAUUGGUUUAUGGAUUUGUGAGGACGAUGGAUAUAUAACAACCUUCACACCUUUCGCCACGGACCCCCUCGAUACGAGGGGGUCGGGUAUAUACAAGUAUAAUGGGAGCGGAUUCAACUCGGGAAUAGAGAUAGAUAUUGGGCUGGAGCGAUUUUGGGAGGGGGAUCAACAUUUUUUGGGGCGUUGGAUUAGC